AUGGUCAUAGUGUCUGACCGAGCCAAGGCCAUUGCUAGAGCAUGUGAGAUCGUGUUUCCUUGGGCACUAAAAGGAAUAUGUUACUAUCAUCUCCAAGGUAACAUAAUCAAGGAUUUCCAUGCAAAAGAGAUCAUGUAUAUGGUUAAGGGUGCAGCUUACGCUCAUACAGUUCCUGAGUAUAACCGCUACAUGGACCUCAUUCGAGCUGCAAAACCUGAAUACAACAUAAAGACGAGUAACAUCGCCGAAUCAAUUAACUCGGAUGUUAAGAAGGCAAAAGGAUAUCCCAUUCCAAAGCUUUUGGAAUUUAUAAGGGAGAAGCUUGGGAGAUGGUUUACCAAGAGGUGUGAGGAUGCUGUGAGUCUCACAACUACCCACAGCAGAGGAGUUGAGUACAUUUUAGCUGUGCGUUCAGACUAUGCGGCAAGUAUGACCGCUGAACGCAUAGACACUUGGUGUUAUCACGUAAAGGGAGGAAAACGUGAUUGCAAUGUCGACUUGUUCCGCAGAACGUGCUCUUGUGGGGUGUAUGAUGUUGAGAAAAUUCCUUGUACUCAUGUCAUUGCAGCCGCAACCGCAACAAACGUACUAAUGUCCCAUUACGUGUGCGAUUGUCAUUCUAAACUUUGCUUGUAUUCAACCUAUGCACAUCCGAUCUAUCCUAAGGCGGGAUCUGACUCACACGUAAAGAAACAACCGUGUUUGAUUCCAGUUGAAAAGGUCCCUCCUGGCAGGAAGAAGAAGUCGAGGUGGCUAACUUGGCUAGAAAUGUCGAGGAAGAAAAAUAAUAAACCGAGGAAGAUGCACAAGAAGUACAGCUGCUCUAAGUGUGGGGAACCAGGACAUACUCGCCCAAAAUGCGUCGCAGAAGACUGA